UCCCUUACCCAUUUUCUCAUCUUUCCUUUACACCUUUUCCUCCUAUUUUCGUUCUUCUUUCUCUGAAUUAAAUAAAAACACAACCAAUUGUAAUAACCACAUUUUUAUUAUGGCCCCGAAGAUUGUCGGCGGUGGUGCUGGUGGUAUUGGAGUCAAGGUCAACUCGGUUAACGGCGGCGGAGUUAAUGCAAAGGAGACGCAUUUUAGAGGUGUUCGAAAGCGGCCGUGGGGGAGGUACGCCGCGGAGAUUCGUGACCCGACCAAGAAGAGCCGUGUCUGGCUUGGUACCUUUGAUACUGCUGAGGAAGCCGCGCGUGCUUAUGAUGAUGCUGCACGCGCUUUUCGCGGUGCUAAGGCUAAAACCAACUUCCCACUUCCUUCCGAAAUACACAACAACAAUACACCUUUGAAUAACCUUAACCACCACCACCUUAACAACCACCACAACAACAACAAUUUGAGUUGUAGUAACAAUAACAACCGAAGUCCCAGUCAGAGUAGUACCGUUGAGUCCUCUAGCCAUGAAAAGCCGGUACCAAUGGCGGCGUCGGCGGCGGCGGUGAUGGUUGAAUCUCUACCGUUGGAUCUUAAUCUCGCCGGAAACUUCGCCGGAGAUGCGGCGGUUGGAGUCAGGUUUCCCUUCCAACAGGUUAGGGUUGCUCCUGCGCCGGCGGUUGGUUUCCCGGCGAAUAUGAAUCAGUUUUUCUAUUUCGACGCCAUUGCGAGGCAAAGUCAACCUCAACACCAGUUUCUUCAACAAUACAACAACAAUAACCCACAACAACAGUUCAUAUUUCAUCACGUGCCGGCGAGUGAACGUCACGCGCCGCCGGCGUGCGGUGUCCAGAGCGAUUCCGACUCGUCUUCCGUCGUUGAUUUGAACCACGAUCUUAACAGUGGUACUCCCAGAGGUCUCGAGAUCGAUCUUAACCAACCUCCACCGUCCGAUUUGGCUUGAUCCUUUUAAUAUUUUUGCGCCGCUUUAAUUAGUGGUGUUUUUCAGGAUCUUAGCUAUAAUUACGUUGGGAUGAGAGGAAGGAAAAAAAAUUAAAGGAAAAAAAAAAGGAAGUUUUUGUUUUUUUGAAUUUCCUCGGUAUUAUUUUUAGGAAAAAAGAAAAAGAAAAAAUGAGGGUGGAUCUAUGGAGCUCCGAUUAGGAUUUGGAUCACCGAAUUUUCUGGGUUUUUUUUUUUUGUAUAGUUUUUUUUUAUUAUCAAUUUAAUUAGAUUUAGCUUAAUUAAGUAUAUUACUUAAGUUAAAAGAUCCCUUUUUGCGACAGAGAAUAGAGAAGAAAGUGAUGUAAUCUUUAAUUUUGAAUUCUCUGUUGUUUCAUGAAAAAUACAUUGUAAUUUUCGUACUAUUUUGGAUCAGAUAUAAUCGAUUACCCAUAUAAUAGUAUUAUAAUA